CCUCGCAGUCUUCUAGGGUUUUCCGCCGUCUUAUCCUCCGCCCUCAGCACCACGCUACCCCGCAGCCUUCGCCCAAACCCUAGCCCCCCUCCGCCAUGGCCGACGACCACUACUCCUCCAAGCGCAAGUACGACGACCCCUCGCCGCCUCAGCCGCGGCGCACGGGUUUCUCCUCCGGCCCGCCACCCGUCUCGCCGCCCUCUGGCGGUGCCCCGUCCUACAACAGCGUGCCGCCGCCUCCCGAUGAGAUCCAGCUUGCGAAGCAGCGCGCCCAGCAGAUUGCGGCGCGGAUUUUCAGCGCCGCCGAGGCGAAGCGCCCCCGCGUCGACAACGGCGAUGAUGACGUUGGUCUCGGGGGAGGCUCCCUGGGCAGCGGCGGCCUCGGCUUCUCAUCAUCUGCAGGUGGUGGUGGGCAUGGGGCUUCUAUGCCCCCGUUAUCUUCUCAGAGCAGCGCACCUCAGUACUCCUCAUAUGGUGGAUACCAAGGGGGUACAAGCAAAAAGAUUGAAAUCCCAAGUGGAAGGGUUGGUGUUAUCAUUGGAAAAGCUGGGGAAACUAUAAGGUACCUCCAACUUCAGUCAGGAGCAAAGAUUCAAGUAACGAGAGACAACGAAGCUGAACCUGGUGCGCAGACAAGACCAGUUGAGCUUUCAGGCACUCCUGAGCAGAUUAGCAAAGCUGAGCAGUUGAUCAAUGAUGUUCUGGCAGAGGCUGAUGCUGGGUCAUCUGGAACUGGAUCUAGCGGCCGGAAAUACAAUGCGCCACAGCCAGGUGCUGAGCAUUUCGAGAUGAAAAUUGCUAAUAACAAGGUGGGUCUGGUUAUUGGAAAGGGUGGUGAGACUAUAAAGUCCAUGCAAGCCAAAUCUGGAGCUCGUAUCCAGGUUAUUCCUUUGCAUUUGCCUGCUGGUGAUCCUUCAACUGAAAGAACUGUGCAUAUUGAUGGCACGAAAGAACAAAUUGAAAUUGCAAAGCAGCUGGUGAUUGAGGUUACCAGUGAGAAUCGUGCCAGAAACCCAAUGUCAGGUGGCUAUUCUCAGCAGGGCUAUCGCCCUCCUCGUCCUCAGUCAAACUGGGGCCCACCUGGUGCGCCACCGCAGCAGCCUGGUUAUGGUUAUAUGCAGCCUGGAGCUUAUCCUGGGGCACCGCCACAGUAUGGUGCACCUCAGCAACCUUAUGGUAGUUAUCCUCCAACAUCUGGUGGCUAUCAGACUGGGUGGGAUCAAUCUCAAAACCAGCAAUCUCAGACAACUCCCCCUGGUACUGGGUAUGACUAUUAUAGCCAGCAGCAGCAGCCUCAACAACAGCAGUCUGCCCCUGGGACUGCUGCCUCCACUGAUGCUACUAGCUAUAGUUAUGGUCAGCCUCCUACAUAUGCUUCGCAAGGUUAUGGUGAUUCUACCUACCCUCAGCAGAGUGGUGGGCAGCAAGCAUAUGGACAUGAUAGUUACUCAGGUUAUCAGACCCAAGGGCAGCAGCAGGGCUACUCUCAGCAGACUGGUUAUGAUCAGCCGGGCUAUGGCGCAUCUGCUUAUGGAUCUGCAGCAAACUCGACCCAGGAUGGGUCUGCACCCAGCUAUGGUGGUCCUGGCGGGGCCAGUCAGGCAUCUCCUGGGCAGCAAACUUCAACCCCAGCUGCUGGAAGCCAUCCUGGUUAUGCCAGCCAACCACCUACUAGUUCUGCAUCAAGCUACCCAGCUCAAGGUCCUGCACCGCCAUCUGGAUAUGGCGCUCCACCGCCGCAGUCUGGCUAUGGCACCCAACCGCCGGCACAAGGUGGUUAUGGUCAGAAUGCUUAUGGGCAGCCUUCUCCACAGGGCCAGAAACCUCCUGCAUCCUCACCUUAUGGACAAGCUCCGCCUCCCGCGUCUGCUCAGGGUGGUUAUGGGCAGUAUGGUUACAGCCAGCCAGGAUAUGGUGCACCCCCUCCUUAUCCUGGUGCACCACCUGCAAGCUACCCGGGCUAUGGCCAGCAGCAGGCUUAUGGCGAUGCUUAUGGCAGUGGAAGCUAUGGGCAGCCUCCGGCGUACUCUACUGAAGCAACUGCACCUGCUGCAUCACAGGAUCAAUCUGCUGCCCUUGCCACCGCCGCUGCUACUGCAACGACAGUUGCUCCUGCACCUGCUAACAGUGGAGGUGCUCCAACCCCUGCCGAAAGUUAAGCUUUCAACUGCUGCCUUAACGACAUUUGCAAGCUUGUCAUCUGGUUUCCUUCGUUUCUAGUUUAGGGAGGAGGGUUCCAUAGUUUUGCGUUAUAUUGUUCCUUGUUGCUUUAUGUUGACUCUGUUUUGUCGGUAAUUCGGUUGUACUGUGUUAUGUUCACUUGGUUAUUUGAUGUGCUUGUACUCUUAUGUGCGCAACUGUACCGGGUCUGGACACUGGACGGUAGUCAUCAUCUCUUCAAAUGCAUUCUGAACCAUAUUUUGAAUUAAUUGUGUUUCUAAGGUUUC